GUCGUUAAAGUCCUUUACCACGUAUCAAAACCCCCAACACCCCAACUCUUACUUUCCCUUGCUCUUAUUUUUCUCUCGUUUCCUCAGGUCUUCGAAAACCCUUCAGGAUUUUGCUUCAAAUAUCCAACUCUCUCCGUCCAAUCUCUUCAAUCUCUCACCUCGCUGAAAUGUCUCUGCCACUAAAUUAGGUUUGGAGUGUAGGAAGUUGAUAUAAAGGAAAUUUUUUUUUUGCCCCCCAAUUUUCUUCACGAAGUUAUUUGUGGGUUAGCUGAGAAUGGCUGAUGCUUUUGAAGAUGAAGCUGAGCAGACGGUUUCCAUCCAAGAGUAUCUUAAGGACGUUGAGGAUCAAGAGCUGGAAGCAGAUUUGGUUUUGGGGGGUGAUGAAGGGAAGGAGUGCACCUAUAAUAAUGGUUAUAUGAAACGGCAAGCAAUUUUCUCAUGCCUGACUUGCACCCCUGAUGGGAAUGCUGGACUCUGCACAGCUUGCAGCUUGUCUUGCCAUGAUGGCCAUGAGAUUGUGGAACUAUGGACUAAAAGAAACUUUAGGUGUGAUUGUGGGAAUUCAAAAUUUGGGGAGUUCUUUUGCAAACUUUUCCCAAAUAAAGAUGUGGAAAAUGUUGAGAACUCGUAUAAUCAUAAUUUUAAAGGCACAUACUGUACAUGUGGUCGCCCUUAUCCUGAUCCUGAUGCUGAAGAACAAGUGGAGAUGAUACAGUGCUGUGUAUGUGAAGACUGGUUCCAUGAAGAGCAUAUUGGUCUUGACUCUUCUGAUGAGAUUCCAAGAGAUGAGGAAGGAGAGCCUUUAUAUGAAGAUUUUAUCUGUGGCACAUGCUCAGCUGUCUGCUCUUUUUUAAGACUAUAUCCUCGAGCCAUAUGGGCAGGAGAGAGGCAGCAUGCUGAUACUAUAAAUGUAAGCAAGGAUAAAGAUGUUGUGGAAGAUAUACCUUCAGCUUGUGGAUCUGGAUUUUCAGAGAAAGAUAUAUCUUCAGAAAAGAUUCAAGCACCAACUUCUGCCAAAUCUGAACCAGUGCCUGAGGGAUUGCCACUUGGUGAGAAUUCUGGGCAGGAUAAAAAGCCAAAUGAAUGCACCGUUGCCAAUCCAAACGCUACCUGUAUUAUUGGAGUUGAUCUGAUUGCUGAUUCCCCUAAAUCUGAAGGGAAGCCAAUGUUUCUUUCAAAAAACUGGAGGGAUGCCCUUUGCAGAUGUGAAAGAUGUAGUGAUUUUUUCAAACAAAGGUCUAUUGGUUUUCUCCUUGACAAGGAGGACUCAAUUGUGGAGUACGAAAAAGUGGCAAAGCAGAAGAGGGAAGAAAAGUUACAGCAACAAGAGGGGGCUGAAAUUAACUUAUUCAAUAAUCUUGGUCAUGUGGAGAAGAUUGAGAUUCUGAAUGGUAUUGCAGAUAUCAAGGAUGAGCUUCGUACUUUCUUGGAAUCAUUUGACUCUUCAAAGCCGAUUACUUCUGCUGAUGUCCACCAGGUUUUUGAGAAUCUAGCAAAGAAACGCAGGCGUGUAUGAUCAGGUUAUUGUUCAAUCUUUAUUGCCGUUGCAUGCAUGUGUUGUUGCAACCUUCAGUGGUUAGUUUUGAUAAUGUAUCCAGGUUCAGAAACCUUUGGAAAGCAUGCAUGUUUCUAGGCAGUUUUAUGAUAAUGGUUUAGUACGGACAUAUUUUACUUUGUAGACGUCUAUGUUUGUAUAGGUACUUUAUAUCAAUUUAGCUUUUCAAAUGGUGGACAUAUAAAAUCUCUAGAAGCAGGUGGGAAUUUGUUGUUGUUAUUAUUA